CGAUAGAGAGUAAGAAUGGAAACAUUAUUUUGUAGUUGUCACUGAACGUAUUUGUGCCAAUUUCAAUAUUUUUUACAUAGUGUCAUGUUAAUAUAAAGACAAUGAUAAAGGAUUCGAAUUCUAUGUGAUUUACAUAAAUGAACACCGGCAAGACUGAUUAUGAAACAAAAUGUAUUGACUGAAAGUUACCCCAAUUUAUAUAAUCAUUUUGUUACUAAAUGCAAGGAAAGAAUCUUAAUGAAAUUAACAGUAUUAUUAUAAAUAGUCAUUUAAUUGCUACUGCUUUCAUGAAAGGAAUUAUUAUGUAAAUGAAAGUGAUAAAAAUAUUGUAGCAGUAUGCAGAUCUAUAAAUAAUGCAGAGAAUUUAUAGAAUCCUGUCCUAUAAUUGGGCUAAUUAUGGUAUUUUAUUACAUGAAAGUUUGAGAGAUUUGUAAUAGCUUUUUUGAGCAGAAUUUCACGAAUAAAAUGUAUUAAGAUAAAUAGUACCAGAUUGAGGCAUAAAAUUAGCUCAUUUUUACGCAUACUAAAGAAUCUUUAGUACAUAUUAUUCAAGCAUUGUGGAUAAUGCAGAUGUUAUGUAAUUUAUUCAUUUAAUAUCAAUUAUAAGCAAAAUUUACUUAAUAUGAAAUAAUCAUGGAAUGAUUGAUAAGCAUAAAUGUAUAUUCUUUUAACAUAACUGAUUGUGAACUUCUGAAAAUAUUAAUGAAAAUUAUACUUAUACUUAUGGGUUUCAUAAAAAUAUUAAAACGUAUGCUUUAUGCAAAUUUUGCAUCUUGUAGUUCUAAAACAUUAGGAAUCUUAGCACCUUUAACAAUUCCACCAUUGCAUAUUGCAUUUUUGUAUUACUUUUGGCAAGAAUAUUCAAGAGAUGUUGAUAAACAAUAUUGUUCUUGCUCAUGUUGGGACACAGUAUUCAAGGGAUCAUAUGAAUCUGGCAUUGCUUCUUAUAAACAUAUGUAUUUCAAUGCCACAACUAACACUUUUAAAAUAUGGACGGCAAUUGUAAUUGGAAUUAUUACUUUCUAUGAAGUAGUGAAACAUUUAACAUGGCUAGCUUUCCAUAAUCGCCUCAGGUUUUCUAUGAUGGUCCUUUUUUUAACUGCUAUUUUCUCACAUUAUUAUACUUGGUGGGUUUAUAUAAAUUACUGGAAUGAUGAGUUCUAUUCCCAAUGGUACCAUCAGAUGUUUUUCUCUAUCACUGAGUUGAUAUCUACUUUUCUGGUAAUUCAUCUGGCAGAUAAUAAAAAUCCAGUAACUCAUAGAAAAGCAUUUGGUAUAGCUGCAAUAGCUAUUUUGCAUAUUGUGGCAGGUGGUUGGGAUCAGUUUAUUGCUAAUGUAUUUAGAGGAGAAGGGCAUGCACAUCAGGUUGUACGUGAUCUUGGAUUUAUGAUCCCAGAUAUUCUUCAUGUUGCUAUUUCAUUAUGGGCAGUUAAGUGGAAAAAUAUAAAUAAUCUUCCGGGUUCUACCAAACGAGAUCCUAGUAUCAAAAGAGAUCUAGCUUAUAUGUUAGGGAUGAUAUGUAUAGGAUUAUGCAUUUGUGCCAUAUUGUAAUUUAACCGUUAUAAUGCCUACAAAUAGUGUCUUAAAAAUCAAAUAAUGAUUUAAUUUAACUUAUUUUCUUAUACAAAGUUAUGAAAAAUAUACAUAAAUGAAUUUUAUUAAAAGAUAUAUAUAUACACCUUUGUAAUACUUUUCACGGUGCUGAUACUUAUGCUGAAAGUAAAUUUAAUUAGAUUUAGUUUAAUAGAUUUCAUGAAAAAUGGUUACCAUUAUUACUU